GACAAUGAAAUUUAAACAUAGUGUUUUGAUUUUUGUCAUUAGCAUUUAGCUCAUAGCCGCUUAUUUUCUACUUGUGUGUAACAAAAUAGGAUAUUGGAAAUAAUUUGGCACCAAUUUUCAAUUAAAUAAUAGACACCAAUUGACAAAAAAUAUUCUCAGAGAUGCUAUAGCGGUGUUCUCGCUGUGUCAUAUAUUUUAUUAAUAAGGCUUCGGAGCAAUAAACGGCAUAUUUAUGUCGCUUAGUUUUUCACAUGGUAGAUUAAUUAGUUUUCUAGUGACAAGAACAAUGACCACUAUGAGUGGGGCGGUCGCAAAUACAAUCAAGACUAAAUUAGAAACAGCUUUACAAACAAAGCAUCUAGAAGUAAUCAAUGAAUCUUAUAUGCACAAUGUACCUAAAAACUCGGAAACACAUUUCAAAGUGGUUGUUGUCUCAGACAAAUUCGAUGGUCUACCACUUAUAAAGAGACAUAGACUCAUCAAUGAUAUUCUAAAAGAAGAAUUGCAGAGUGGAGUCCAUGCUUUAUCAAUCAUAGCAAAGACUCCGGAACAAUGGGAUAAGAGUGACAAGAUAGUGGAUAGUAGCCCCAAUUGUAGAGGUGGUUUUGGUAAAUAAACAGUAAAUAGGCAAUAAAUGUAGUAAUUAUUAUUAAACUUUAAUAAAAUAAACAUUUUUAAAUCUU